AGCAGAUGGAAAGAAACAAGACCAGGGAACAGGCUGAUGCAGCUGCUUCCUCAUCCAGCUUCACAGAGCUGCCAGAAUGUUCCACCCCACAGGAGAGUUCCACAGAACCCCCUGCUAGUUCCCAUCUUCUCAAUACAGACCUAGUAAACCAAGGGCAGGUAGAGCAGUUUGUUGAAGCAGAAACGUAUCAUCUUCCCGACCAAGAAGCCACAAUCGACGCUCCACUGAUCUCUGAGCUUGUACAUUCGGCCAGUGCUCAAGGAAUUGUGAUUGUCAGAGAAGAGGCUCACAUCAGUGGGAACUGGUCUGAGGUGCACUUGAAUCAGAGUUACCUCGUGCAACAGGAGGAUGGCACUGUCUGUGAGGCUGCUGUCGUAAACGAGCUGAGCUCUGAACUUUCUGCUGGACAACCAAAGCUGUAUGGAGAAAGUAUUCAUUCAGACAUUGAGAUAGAAUCACAACCUGUCGAAGUAUAUGAAAUUUGUGGUCUGGUGGAGGAGGUCGCAGAGGAAACCAUCUGUGUCAGUAGUAGUGCACAGAUGCCCUCCUCCCCAGGCUACGAAGUGAACUUGUUCAAUGCAUUACUGGAUCAUUCUGAGGAGUACACGGACAAAGAGGGACUGGACUUGCACCUUGGAACUUCCCUUCACACAAUUAAUGAAAGUGGCAAUGUCAUCAUUACCCAGCAGCCCUUCCUGUCAUCACAUGACACAAAUGUGAUGGAGGUUUGCUCAAACGAUAUUUCUCACAUUUCUACACAAAACACCAUUACAGCUGAUAUAGGGCAGCAUUUAGUAUUAGACGCUAACCAAGUUGUGGAAGUGGCAGAAUCAGGCAGUGUUUGUGUAGUCCAGGCUGCUGUUUCUGCACCUGAUUCAUUUACCAUCAAACAAACUGAUUCCAGUGCGCAAACACUGGCACCUAGUCUGCAGACCGUACCAGUUGUCUCAGACCAAACAGAGGUGCAAGCUUCCCAUUUAGUUCAAACGCUGGAGGCAGAAGCAAAAGCUUGUUCAUCGUCUCUUAUUUCCGCAGUAGAAGUGGUCACAGUGGAGGAAAUGGGGAUAGAUUCGUCCCUUGCAGUUUCAUUGCAAGUUUCCGAGGUAGAAAAUCAGCUGACUCCAAAACAAUCUCAUGAAGUCGCUGUCACAAAACCUGAGAUCUGCGUUUCCUUGCGUGAAGGGACCAAAGAUAAUCUUAAUUUGAUAGAGCCCCCGUCACAGAAUAUUAAGAAAAGUACAGCCAGAGAGACCAAACCAGAGGCCCCCUGCCCCACUUCCUCCUCAUGUGUUAUAAAUCCAAAGCUCCUCAUCCCAAAACCAGGAGAGACUCCUCUCCUGAAAUAUCCACCCUCUGCUUUAGGGCAGGUGUCCAAGCAACAGAAUGUGGUCAGUAUGCUGGUCAAUGCCCAUUGCUCUGGGUCUGGCACAGUGAUAAAAGAGUGCCUUCCCCAAACUAUCUUAGCAGCAGACUCUGUGUUUAAGUCUGUGGCUGGUAGCAGCCAGAAAGAUCAGGCACAGUCCUCUGUCCAUAUAACUUCUUCCACAACACCUCCCACCAAGGCACAGCCGCCUAGUACUGCAGACAUCCCAUCCCCGCUCUGUCAGCUUGCACCUGCUCUCUCUUCACCAUUACAAAAUAAAUCUGACAAAGAGGCCUUAAUUGUGACUAAAGCUUCAACGGGGAAAGCAGACACUGCACCCAAAACUGUCUUGAACCCUAAAGAUACCAACCCGCCUAGCAAGCCCCGGACCCUUGACGUGCUCUCAGCUUCACUGGAGGGGGCAAGCAAAGCUCCAGAUUCGUCCAGUUCUAAACAUGCUGUCAGCCAGCUUGAUUCAUUCUGUCAGAGUGUGGUGGAGGAGAGUGUAGAGAUGGAGCAGGAUGGGCCCCAGGAGUCUGCCCCAGGGCAUGCUAGCAGUUCAGAGGAGGGAAGUGAUGAAGACGCUGAGCUGUACAAAAGUGAAUGUGGGAUUGCCACUCCCAGCUCAACACACAAGGUGCGGCAGUGGAUAGCAGACAGGGUCACAGUGAGUUCGUCUCCUGUCUCACCUGGCACAUCCUCGCCCUCCCCUGCUCCCUCAUCUACCAGAGACUGGUUAACCCCACGCCGAGAGAGGGCCUCCCCUCUCCGGGGUCCCACAGGCAGGUUCCUCUCUCCUUCCUCUCUGGGACCUGCUGGCUACUCUUCUUCCUCUUCCCCAGCAGACCAAGCAACUGCCCAUCGAACUCGUGGGGAGAGACGCACGGACAUGGCAGAGCUGGCUAAACAUGAAGCAGACAUAGAGCAUCGAACCCAGGCCCUGAAGCGCGAAGGCUUCUGGUCUAUGAAGCGUCUGACCCGCCUGACAGAGCCGGUGAGACCCAAAGUGCACUGGGAUUACCUUUGUGAGGAGAUGCAGUGGCUUUCGGCUGACUUUGCCCAAGAGAGGCGGUGGAAGAGAGGGGUGGCUAGAAAGGUGGUGCGAAUGGUGAUGAGACACCAUGAGGAGCUGAGGCAGAAAGAGGAAAAGGCCAAGAGGGAUGAGCACGCCAAAAUCAGAAGAGUCGCCUCUUCCAUCGCAAAGGAAGUCCGGGCUUUCUGGAGCAGUGUUGAAAAGGUGGUUCAGUACAAGCAACAGUCCAGACUGGAGGAGAAGAGGAAAAAGGCUUUGGAUCUUCAGUUGGAUUUCAUCGUUGGCCAGACUGAAAAAUACUCUGACCUCCUCAGCCAGUCCCUCGCACCCACAAGACCAGCUGAAACUGUACCUUCACCUGCCAAAAAAGCUCUCCCAUCUGCAGUUGAUGAGGAUGACAGAGACUUUGAGCCUCAAUGUGAGGAAGAGGAUGAUGAGGAGACUAUCGAGGUGGAGGAGCAGCAGGAAGGCAACGACGCAGAGAGCCGUAGGAGAGAGAUUGAGCUGCUGAAGGAGGAGGGAAUGCUCCCCCUUGACCAGCUGCUCAGUACCCUCAAACUCCCGCAGGAAUUUGGCUCAGAAGAAGAAUGUUCUGAUGAGACCUCCUCCUCAGUGGAGGAAGAAGAUGGGGAGUUUACUGCCAACGAAGAGGAUGCUGAGGAUGAGGAGGACACCAUAGCUGCCCAGGAGAAGGUGGAGGGGAAUGUAAAUCACGCGGAGGAACUUGAUGAUUUGGCCAGAGAAGGCGACAUGAGCAUUGAGGAGCUACUGGAGAAGUACAAAGGAGCAUAUGCCUCAGACUUUGAGGAGCCCUCCGCAUCUGCCUCUAAAUCCAGCUCUGAGUCGGAGGUGUCAGGUGAUGAGGAGGAGGAGACUGAGGAAGAUGAGAGCGAUGUGGAAAGUAACACUUCCUCCUCAGAUUCACCUGAGGACAGUGAGGAAGAUGAGGAUGACGACAGUGAAAAGGAGGAGGAGAGUGAGGAAGAGGAGGAUAAUGGUGAUGAGGAUGACUCUGGAGAUGAGGGGAUGGAGGUCUUGCUGAAAGAGGGAGACAACAGCCCGCCCUCCACUGGCUCACGGCCAAAGAAGGAGAUCAGCCAUAUUGCAGCUACUGCGGAGAGCCUGCAGCCUAAAGGCUACACUCUGGCCACCACUAAGGUGAAGACCCCAAUUCCCUUCCUGCUCCAUGGAACAUUACGAGAGUACCAACACAUUGGGUUGGACUGGCUGGUCACCAUGUAUGAGAAAAAACUCAAUGGCAUUCUAGCUGACGAGAUGGGCCUGGGUAAGACCAUCCAGACCAUCGCUCUGCUAGCUCAUCUCGCCUGUGUCAAAGGCAACUGGGGCCCUCAUCUCAUCAUCGUCCCUACUAGUGUGAUGUUGAAUUGGGAGAUGGAGCUGAAGCGCUGGUGUCCUGGGUUUAAAAUCCUCACCUACUUUGGCAGCCAGAAAGAGAGGAAGCUAAAGAGACAGGGUUGGACCAAGCCCAAUGCAUUCCAUGUGUGCAUCACUUCAUACAAGCUGGUGCUGCAGGAUCACCAGGCUUUUCGACGGAAGUCUUGGCGGUACCUGAUCCUAGAUGAAGCCCAGAAUAUCAAAAACUUCAAGUCCCAGCGCUGGCAGAGCUUGCUCAACUUCAACAGCCACAGGCGACUGCUGCUAACAGGAACCCCUCUUCAGAAUAGCCUGAUGGAGCUGUGGUCAUUGAUGCAUUUCCUCAUGCCCCACGUCUUCCAGUCUCACCGCGAGUUCAAGGAGUGGUUCUCCAACCCGCUGACAGGCAUGAUUGAGGGCAGCCAGGAGUACAAUGAGGGCCUGAUCAAGAGGCUCCACAAGGUGCUCAGGCCCUUCCUGCUCAGGAGAAUCAAAGCCGACGUGGAGAAGCAGAUGCCGAAGAAAUACGAGCAUGUGGUGCGCUGUCGCCUCUCCAAGAGACAGCGAUUCCUCUAUGAUGACUUCAUGGCACAGGCCUCGACCCGGGAAACCUUGGCCAGUGGGCACUUCAUGUCUGUGAUUAACAUCCUAAUGCAGCUACGCAAAGUGUGCAACCACCCCAACCUGUUUGACCCUCGGCCCAUCCAGUCACCGUUCAUCACCCAGCCUAUUGUUUUUCACACAGCCUCCCUGGUGCAGGACGCCCUGGAGGUCUCUCCUUUCAAGCGCUGUGACCUGUCUGUAUUUGACCUGAUUGGUUUGGAGGGCCGCGUGUCCCGAUACCAGGCAGACGUCUUUCUACCCCACCACAAGGUCAGCCGUCAGCUCAUCCAGGAGAUUGUAGAAUCCCCUGAACCACCUCCACGCCCCAAACCAGUCCGAAUGAAAGUCAACAGAAUGUUUCAGCCACCCCCUAAAGCUGACAGUCAGCCAGUCUUGCUGAUGAAUAAACCUACCUGUCCCGUCACUCCUGCACCCCAAACUCCAAAGCCUGCCAUGAUAACCGAGGUCGCCCCACCUCCUGCUCCUGUUGUUCAACAAGUGGUGUGUUCAGUGGCUCCUACGCCCCCUCGUCUGCCAGUGCACUCUCCCUCUCAAACUGCAGUACGGUCCAGUGCCCCAAAGCCAGUGCCGAGCAUACGACCUUCCGCUUCUCCCAGUGCACCCAGUGUACCAGCCUCUGCCCCAAGCAACGUUAUGCCCCAGCGGGUGUUACUCAGUCCUGACAUGCAGGCGAGGUUGCCUUCUGGUGAAGUAGUGAGCAUAGCCCAGCUUGCCUCCUUGGCAGGACGGCCUGUAUCUUCAUGCCAGGGCAGUAAACCUGUCACCUUCCAGCUUCAAGGCAACAAGCUGACUUUGUCUGGAGCCCAGAUUCACCAAGUCCCUGUAGCUCCUCCACGUCCAGUACAAGGUAAUUUGAUGCAACUGGUGUCCAGCGGGGGGCAGCACCACCUGAUCAGCCAGCCUGCCCAGGUGGCUGUCCUCGGCACAACCAGCACACACCCUGUUAACACCUCUCCAACUCCUUCUGGGACUCAACUGCCCCUCAAUACCUCCUCGCAAGUACCCUCGUCCAUGGUGAGCAGUCCUGGGAUUGUGAAGAUCGUUGUGCGCCAGGCAGCAGGCAAGGAGGGCGGGCCUGUGCCCACACUGGCAGUGGCCCCUUCCCCUCGUGUCACUCCACAGCCAUCCCCCUCCCCACACCCUCAUUCCAACGCACCCCCUGUAAGAAAUCCUGCUCCACCGCAAAUCCCCCAGCGCACCCCUGGUCCUGCUACUGCCCAUUACACUAUAGCUCCUCCCAAAAUCCCUGGUUCAACCUCAAGUCAGCCCCAGCCCCCUCGCCCUGUAUUGAAAGUAGUGCAGCCUCCACCGGCAAGCACAGAGCAGCCAGCUCCAGCUCGUGUUAGUUCCUCCUCCUCAUCCCUCUCUUCAUCCAAGUCUUCAGUAGCACCACGGGAUGAUGGAAGUUCCAGUAAAAUGGCACCACCUCUCAAGUCAGGGUCCAGUGCAGGUGCAAAAUCCACUCCUCGAACCAGGGUAGCACCUCGGCCCCCUCCUCGCUCUCCUUUCUACAUGUCGUGGCUUGAAGACAGACGCAAGCAGCAGCGUGACAGCCGACUUGACAUGAUUGUGCAAGUCAAUGAGCGGCACUGCGGGACCAAGCCUAUUUAUGGCCAGGAGGUGCUGGACCUUUUGACCUUCCUCCCUGGUUCCAGCCCAUCCCCAGCCCCCCUGGGCUCAUUGGGGCAAUGGGGCCGGUCAGGCCACGGCAACUGCUUGUUGGCGCAGUCCAAAAAUAAAGCCAACUAUUGGCUUCAGAGUCAUGCCCUCAGAGAGGCUAUCCACAGCACUGAAGGGAAGCUGGAGCUGCUCAGUGACAUUAUUGACAGGUUUACAUUUGUGAUUCCACCAGUAGAGGCUCCACCCAUCUCCAUGCACUGUUGCCAUCCUCCUCCCUCAUUGAGCCACAAGCAGUCUGUCUUUUCCUCCAUGCUGUCCGCUCAGCUCGCACCACUCACAGAUGGCCUCCACCGCAUCCAGUGUAACAUGAGAACCCACUUUCCAGACCUGAGGCUGAUACAGUACGACUGUGGUAAACUGCAGACACUCCACACCCUGCUGCGGAAGCUUAAGGCAGGAGGCCACCGAGUGCUAAUCUUCACCCAGAUGACACGCAUGCUGGACGUGCUGGAGCAGUUCCUUAACUACCAUGGACAUAUCUAUCUCCGGUUGGAUGGCAGCACUCGUGUUGAGCAGAGACAGGCCCUCAUGGAGCGCUUCAAUGCCGACCGACGCAUAUUUUGCUUCAUCCUGUCAACCCGUAGCGGGGGCGUGGGAGUUAACCUGACAGGGGCCGACACAGUGGUGUUCUACGACAGUGACUGGAACCCAACCAUGGAUGCUCAGGCUCAGGACCGCUGCCACCGCAUUGGUCAGACCAGAGAUGUUCACAUCUACAGACUGAUCAGUGAGCGCACUGUGGAGGAGAACAUUCUGAAGAAAGCCAACCAGAAGAGGAUGCUGGGAGAUAUGGCUAUUGAAGGAGGGAACUUCACCACUGCCUUCUUCAAAGAGCAAACCAUUCGUGAGCUGUUUGACGUGAAUGACGGGGAGAAGAGAGAGGUGGCAGUGGAGCUGUCAGUGCCCCAGGCUGAGGAAGAGGAAUCAGGCAGUAAACAGAGCACCACCAUCCUAGAGCAGGCCUUAUGUCGAGCUGAGGAUGAAGAGGAUAUCGUAGCAGCCUCUCAAGCCAAAGCAGAGCAGGUAGCAGAACUAGCUGAGUUCAAUGAGAACAUUCCAUUAGAUGAUGGAGGGGAACAAGAAGAAGUGGAGGAGCUUUCCAAGGCUGAGCAGGAAAUAGCUGCUCUGGUGGAGCAGCUGACUCCCAUUGAGCGCUAUGCUAUGAACUUCCUAGAGGCUUCAUUAGAGGAUGUGUGCAAAGAAGAGCUAAAGCAAGCAGAGGAGCAAGUGGAGGCUGCCAGGAAGGGUCUGGAUCAGGCCAAGGAGGAGGGCUUGAAGCUCCAUGCUUCAUCUGAGGAUGAUGAUGAUGAUUUCUCAUCACCAGCCUCUGUGGAGCCUGUUCAGCCCACUCCAGCCCGCCGUGGCCGUAAACCCAAGGACAAGAGCGCUACUUCCACAAGGUCCAGCUGUAGGCUACGUGGGGCCUCACCUGAACCUGAACCCAAUCCUCCCACCCUCAGAGAAGUGCCUGAGAGACUCCGCUUUGGUCUUAGAGGACGAGGAGCUGCCAAAGACACCUCUGCAGCGUUCACAGCCACCAGCUCAAGCACCACUGCUGCGCCAGCCCGCUCAGACCACCCCAAGACAUCAUCCAAAAUCCAAGAUUUCCCAAAGCCCUCUAAAGCUUCUUCUCCUGCCCGAGAUCACCAAAACGUCAAAACCAGGACUCUGCCCAGUCGCUCUCUCCCCAGCCCAGUGCCUUCCAACGCUUCCACCUCUCCCCCCGGGGGGAAACCACAAACUGUUGGGGAGACAGACAGCAGGUCUGCCAGGAGAGCAGAGAGAGAGAAUGAACAGGAAAGUGGACUGACUAUACUGUCACCAGAGUCCACCUGUCCAGUGGACCACCAGCUGUAUUCAGCUCAGGCCAGAGAUGAUGACAGCAAAGAGCAGGGCUCACUCUCUCCCCCUUUGGCCAGCUCCCGCUCACCACGCAAGCGCCAGAGUGCUGACGGUGAAGUUCUCCGAGGCCUGUCGGAAGACUCACCAUCUGCCAAAGUCCUGCGGAAGCUCCCAGGGCGGCUGGUUACUGUUGUAGAGGAGAAGGAGCCCAGGAGAAUAAGACGGAGAGGUAGCGGCACAGGAGGCCAAGGCUCCUCAGAGGAGACGAUGACAGAGGAGCACAUGGGCAGUUCCACUGAUGAACCAAGUAGAGACUCUAUGUCUCAGAGUCCUGACAGCAAAACUAAAGGGACCCUCUCUAAAUUGGUUCAGGACCAAGACUCCAACCCUAAUCUCCCUGCACUCCCUCAACCUGUCAGGGGCUAUCCCCCAUACUCCCCACCACAUCUUUCUCCUGAUAUGCCCGUCCUGAGGAAUCUUCCUGUACGACGUAGGCUGGAAACAGAGUCCCGCAUGGCCGCCCAGCUUGGGGAGCACCAACAGCAGCAUCUGGGUAGGGGCAGGGGAGGGAACCAAUCCAGGAAAGUGGACAUACCACCUGGUAAAGACACCACCUCUACAGAGCCCAAUGUAAAUUCCAUCAUAGCACCAGUCAAAAGAAAGCGGGGUCGGCCCCCUAAAAUUCCUCAAAGGCUGCCAGAGCCUGAACGUCUUGUAUCUCCUCCAGCCCAACCCAUUUCUAUCAUUGAAGAGGUGAGUCCCCGUCUCUCCCCAAAACGCAAGAGAGGUCGACCCCGCAAAGAUAUGACAGCAGGUUCAGAUGCUGUUGGUGCAGAACAGAGUGCUAAUAAUGCCGCUUCCAUGACAACUGGUGGUGUAUCUGACCCACCAACAAAGACUGCUGCCCACAAGUCUGAGUCUGUUGAUGCUAACACAGAGCCACGGGUCCUGCCUCUCUCCACUAUUCCCGAGUCCCAGCCUCUUAGAGCAGCUGUUGUUAGCACUGUUGAACCCUCCUUAUCUGCCACAGCUGAGGAAGCUAUCACAAAGACGACAGUACCUGCCCAAUUUCUAGCUACCACUCCAAAUCCAUCCCAAGGCUGCACAUCAGCCACAGACCAGGCUUCAACACCAACCUCAGCCCAAGCCUCUAGCCCUAAAAUAUGUCAAACCAAAAUACCUACACCCCCUCCACCUGCCACAGCACUUCCCACAGCAGUCCCCUCAUCAGCUUCUGCCCAAGUUGCUAGUUCAGCUUCGAUUCCAGGCCCAGCCACAACAUCAGCCCAUGUCUCCUCUGCACCCUCUACUUCUCUUCCUACUCCAGCUACUGUUCCAGUCACUGAUAGCCCAAAUACCACAGCUUUUGUAGUACAACUUCCUGCUGCAACCACAAUUUCAACAACUGUCCCAGCUGGAAAACCAACACUUGGGGCUUCUGCAGAUUCUGGAGUUCAUGUAGAGUCCAAACUUACAGCUCCUCCCACAGAAAAAACAACCAUCCUGGCACCGACCAAAACUGCCACAGUUACCAAACCAGCAUCCACUGUACUCUCUAAAUCAUCCCCUGAAGCACCCUGUACCACUGGAGUCUCGGCCGUAAUAAUACCAGCUCCUGCCACUACUGCAGAAACAACAAACCUUUUACCACUUACCACUGCUUCAGCAAAACUUGCUCCUACAACAUCAACUACUAUUGUGAAGAAUAACCCCCCUGACUGUAUUCACCCCCCUGCAGAACCCCGUACUCCAAACCCUGUCACAAUCACUCUUGCACAAACCACAUCGACCCCAAGUACAGCUUUAGCUAAACCAGGUUCAACUUCUUCUCCUGUUGCAGCAGUAACUCUAACAACUUCUUUAAAAACAGUUAAAGCAACUACAUCAACCCAAGAAAAGUCUGUCCUAGUUUCUACCACAACUUCAGCCAAGUCAGUUUCUGCUACAUCAGCACCUCUAAAGAGUGUGGCAGCAGCUUCUUCUUCAUCCUCAGUGAAUGAAGUCACAGAAUUGACCACAGGCCCACCAAGGACUACUAUAACAACCACCAAAGCCCCUGCAAAACUAAUCACAAUUUCUUCAACAGCAAAGACUGUCACAGCAAUUACACAAGCCCCAAUGAUGACUGUCACACCAACCACCACUUCCUUAGAAAAGUCCAUUGUAGUUGCCUCCACAGCUCCCUCCCCUGUUCCAACAAAGUCUGCCACCAUAACUAGUACAGCCUCAGCAAAGGCUGUUACUGCAACUACAUUGGCCCCAACAGAGGGGGUCAGAGAAACAACCCCUCCAGCCUCAACAAGGACUGUUGAAAUGACACCUUCCAAACAAGUUAUAACAACUACUCUGACAUCCACGGUAAAGACCGUCAUAGCAACAACCACAUUUUCAGUAACAUCUGCUACAAGUGGUGCUGUAGCCACAGUUACAAUGACUACAGCCACUACAUCAACCCCAUCAACGUCUAACAUUAAUGCUACCACGGUCCCAACAAACACCAUCACCGUAGCUAAAUCCUCCCCUGUUAGAACCAUUGUCCCUUUAUCCUUGGAGGUAUCAUCUACAGUUAGUACAACCAAGACUGUUUCUCAUGAAUCCGGCACACACAGCCUUACAGUCACACCCUCUUCGGUACUCAACUCAACUACCACUGAGGUCCCACAAGGGGUGUUGACUACAGGGGAAAAACAGCCCCUGCCCAAGGUUUCUACACCUGCUCCCUCCAGUGGCUUGGAGAAGGAGUCAACACAGAAAAAGCAUGCACCUAAUGAAGACUCUCAGCAGGUAAUGGACAUGGAGGUAGAUGUGCAGGUUAAAUCUGAUAGUGGGACAGAGGGGCAAGACAAAAAGCAGGAGAUCGAUAAAUCUCAGCCCAAAAAGAGAAAAGUGGAGAGUUUGCCAGAGGCCAAAGACUCUGCAGUGGCUCCUGCUCUCUCUGACUCCAAAACUCAAGUGGCUGCUAAAAAAGCAGAAGCUGAGCACCAGGAGAUUGAGGAGAGCAUUGGAGAUGAGAAAGAACUCAGUCAGAAAAGGCCACUCAGCCGUCAGAGUAGUCAGGAGUCAGCUCGCUCCUCUUCAGCCUCCUCUGAGUGCUCCACUUCUACCCUCACCCGUCAUGCCCACCACAAGCGGACUUAUGAGAACAGGCAUCCACCCAAAAGAAGGCGAGUGGAUGUCACCUCUCAGCUGGAGAAAGAGGAGGAUGGGGAGAAGAGAGGGGAGGGCAAAGAAGAGAUCUCAUCCACCUCUCAGAAAAGACGUUCUAGGUCUUCCUCUUCCUCCUCUGAAUCUGAUAACUCUGAGAACAGGAAGGAGCGCCGGCUGACCCGCUCAGCAAAGCACAGGCUACAGGACCAGGAACAGGAAGGCGAGUGCAAUAGGCACAGGAGGAGGACAGUGCAGAACAUUGACAGAAACAACACCACAUCCACAGGCGGAGAAUCUGGCAGUGACACAUCUUCUGUUCGAAUCACCAGGAAAUCUGCAGGAUCUCAGCCAACACCAGAUAGCAAACCACAAACAAACAGUGUACCCUCUGCACCGCCUGAACCAGAGGUUCUGGGGAAAAGGUGCUCUGCACUCAAUGCAGCAGCCAAGCUAUUAGCCAUGAAGGGCAGAGUGGACACCCCUGGCCACACCACUCGGAAAGAUUCAGGGGCCAAGACCACAGUGACCUCCCCCGCUUCAUCUGACAAGAGCCAAAAGCCUAAAAGCAAAAACAUACAGACCUCCCCUCAGACCAACUCUGUAAACCUCAGUAACAACAAAUUUAGUAGUAGCAAACCCUCCAUGCCAGCUCAGUCUAGCCGCUCCAUUUCCCGCUCUACCAGACAGUGCCCCGGUUCUCUUGUCCCACCAUUAGCGAGAGAGUACAAGCGGGGCAAACCAGAGGAAAGGGACAAAGAAAAGGAGAGGGGGAAUAAGAAGAAAGAAGAGGGAAAAGAAGCAGAGGGAGAGGCGCCAUCAUCCCGGGGCCAAAGCGCCUGCAGCAGCAUCAGCAGUGACUGUGAGGGUGAUAAUGGUGGGCGCAGCAGCAGAAGUCGGAGCAGCAGCAACAGCAGCCAACGCACCCCCAGCGUCUGCUCUCAGAGCACAGGGCCCCGAGAGUCCCACUCCCGGGCAACCUCCUCUGAGCGUGAACGGGACCGCAGUUCAGAGAGGGCAAAACACAGGGACAGGAGGGAAGGCCAGGCACAGGAGAGUCGAAAGGACAACAGGCGAUCUCAGCGGCUCUCACAGGAAGUGGGCAGCAGUUCAGGAAAUGAGGGGACACCAGACAGGGUGCUGCGCAGUGUUGCGGCAUUGGCAGCAGUGCAAGCCAGGUCACCAGCUGCAAGCACACGCUCCUCCUCUGGCCAGCAUCGUCACAACAAAACGUGA